AUGGCUUCUUUAACAGCUACAGAUAUUCUUCAUAUUAGUCAAAGAUAUACAUUGUAUACUAGUUAUAUUACACUUAUUAUUGGAUUAAUUGGAAAUUUUCUUACUAUUAUUAUUUUUACUAGUUCUAAAGCCUUUCGAAAUAAUCAAUGUGUUUUGUAUUUUGUAACAGAAUCAAUAUCAAAUAUAUUUCAAUUAAUAACAUUUGCUGUUAUACGUUUAUUAAUCGCAUUAAAUGAUAUUGAUCCAGCUAAUUCAGUACUUUUCUGGUGUAAAACUCGUGCUAUAAUGAUUACAUUAUGUACAUUAAUUUCAUUUUCUGCAAUAUGUUUUUCUGCUUGUGAUCAAUAUCUUUCAACAAGUCUUCAAUUCAAUUUAAGAAAAUUGAGUACAAUUAAAUUGGCUAAAACUCUUAUAUUCAUAGCAAUUGUUAUAUCAAUAUUACAUAUGAUUCCAUAUUGUAUUUUUGUAGAAAUUCGAACUUCUUUAUGUGGUAUUUUCAAUCCAAUGAUGUCUCAAUAUUUAACAUUUUUCUAUUAUCCAAUAUUAUCAGGACUUUUGCCUAUUUUCAUAGCAUCAUCAUUUAGUAUUUUAGCAUAUCGAAAUGUUCGACGAAUUGUUCGACGACAAAUACCAAUAGUUCGUCGACGACUUGAUCGACAAUUGACAGCAAUGGUUCUUGUUCGUAUUAUUGCAUUUGUUAUUUUAACAUUACCUUAUGCUCUUCACAGAAUGUAUACCUAUCUUACAAGAAUCAAUCAAUCAAAUCCUUAUCCAUAUGCAAUUAAUAGUCUCGUUGGAGGAAUUAUAAGUUCACUUUUUAAUUUAAAUUAUGGAAUAUCUUUUUAUAUAUUUAUGGCAUCUUCGUUACGAUUUCGUCGGCAAGUGAAAUUUAUUUUAGUCAAGAAAGGUUGGCAACGAUUGAAACGAUGGUUUUAUUGCAGUGAAAAUCAAGUUUAUCCAAAUAUGCAGAUGCAUUCAGUUGCUUCAAGCAUUGAACUACAAUAA